AUGUUUUCUUCACAAAUUGAAUGGCAUUGUACUCAAUGCGAAUCUGGUCCAACUGAUCGUCGAAAAUAUUGUGCUGAUUGCGAUUCGAUGCUAACUUGGACAUGUACUGGUUCGCAAAAAUCUGGUUUGUACACCAAUUAUUAUCGUCAUCGUGACAACUGUGAUUAUUGUACACCAGAACUUGAAGAAGAAAGACAAAAAAAUAUGGAAGAGAAGAAAGUUGCUAUUCAAGAACAUUUUCAAAUUUUAGAUGAUACAUUCCUUUCUUUACCUGCUGAUCUAGCUAACAGAAGAACACCACAUGGACCUCAACAACAUCAUAAAUUAAUUGUUGACUCGACUUUUAUUGCAAUUCCUGAACCGCAUGAUUCAGAAAAACGUAAAGAAUAUUAUCAUGCAAAAUGUCCAAUAAAUUAUGCAAUAAAAGUUCAAAUAGCUUUUCUUCGAGAAUCAGAUCUAUUAGAACCUGUUGAAGAAUCUGUACAAAUUAUUGGUGACAAGGGGUAUAUCGGUGAAGAAUAUGUAGUAACUCCAAGAAAGAAACCUCGUGGACGUGAAUUAACACAAGAAGAUAAAGAUUUCAAUCGUGAUAUUAAUAGUGCGAGAGCGGCGAUUGAAAAUAUUAAUCAACGUCUUAAAACGUAUUCUAUUCUUGGUGGUGUUUACAGAGGACCUGUUGAUGAUUUUCAUAAAAUAACUAAAAUCAUACAAGUCGUUGCUGCUUUAUGUAAUUUGAACUUGAAUAAACAUUUUAUUCGUAGAUAA